AAAACCAUGUUUUUAACCGUCACGUUCACUAUAUAAACCUAGGCGACGAUAAGUGUUAUCGCAUCAACCAAAGCAAAACAUAACACAAGAAAACAAGUGGAAGCUUUGAACCGAGAGCUAGUGAGAGAGAGAGAGAGAAAUGGCAACUUCGGGAACAUAUGUCACUGAGGUUCCAUUGAAAGGAUCUGCGGAGAAACACUACAAGAGGUGGAAGAACGAGAACCAUGUUUUCCCUGACGCCAUCGGCCACCACAUCCAAAACGUCACCGUUCACGAAGGCGAACAUGACUCCCACGGCUCUAUCAGGAGUUGGAACUACACUUGGGAUGGAAAGGAGGAGAUGUUCAAGGAGAAGAGAGAGAUAGAUGACGAGACUAAAACGUUGACGUUGAGAGGACUGGAGGGUCACGUGAUGGAGCAGCUCAAAGUGUAUGACGUGAUCUACCAAUUUAUUCCUAAGUCUGACGAUACCUGCGUCGGCAAGAUCACUUUAAUAUGGGAGAAGCGUAACGAUGAUUAUCCAGAGCCAAGCGGCUACAUGAAGUUCGUCAAGAGCUUGGUUGCUGACAUGGACGACCACGUCAUCAAAACUUAAUCAUCGUCAUUCGUCACCAAAGUCACAGUUACCAUCCAUCAUCAUUAUCAUCACCAUCGUCAUCGUCACCAUGCAUCAUCGAUCACCACCAUUAUCACUGUCUCGAUGUAUUGUAUUGAUUAAGGUGUUUUUCAGUAUAAUAAAUGGGUCUUGUUGUGGAGUUUCAUUUCUAUGUGUACGUUUGGGAUCUGUAAGAUGCUUUGAUAUAUGUGUUGUUAUGGUCCUCAUAUAUCGGGUUCGAUAUAAUGAUUCUUAAUAAUAAGUUUACUGCAUAUUUCAAUGUUUAU